CAUUUAUGGUUUAUUUCCAGUCAACUUUUUGGUGAGCUCGAUUUCGAUGACGAAGUAUCGCCGGAUCUUACUGAUCUGGAGAAUAUGCGUAACAGCAGCAGUGCGAACGGUGAAGGAAUGGAGAGCAGCAUAUCCACUGCUGAUGAGCAAAAAGAAAGCGCUCAAUCCAUGAAUGGUGAUAAUAAUUCGGGCCUGGAAAAGAUCAACACGAGACAGUGGGCUGCUGAGCAUGGCUAUGAUCCGAAAAUUCUUUUUAAAAAGUUUUUCCAUGAUGACAUCAAAUAUUUGCUAAUUAUGGCUGAUUUGUGGAAAGAUCGAAGAAAGCCUGAACCGCUGGAUUGGCACAAUCUCCCUGAUGAAAAUCCAAGUUCGAGUCGCAGUAAAUCGUCGAAUAACGAUCUCUGGACAGUUAUGGAAUGCAGAGUUCAGUUCGAAAAAACCGUGGAUGUUUUACGAGAGCGUAUUAAAGAUGGAUCUAAUUUGUCCUGGGAUAAGGAUGAUGAUGCAGCAAUGCGAUUUGUUGCAGCCUGUGCUAAUAUCCGGGCGCAUGUUUUUGACAUCCCUCUCAAAACACUUUUCGAUAUCAAAUGUAACCGUUUUGCAAAUUUUUCUUAA